AAUUUCUGAAUCCAAUCUAGUUUUCUAUAUAUUAUCAACUUACUGAUUGGUAAGAAGUCCGAAAUCGACCUUUACAGGUGCGAAAGUUUCGUCGUCGGUUUAUUAUUGACGUAAGUUAUGAAAGUCUCGAAGUGGGAUAUGCGGUCAGGUUUAAAUAAAGGUGCAUGGAGUGUAGAAGAAGAUCGAAAGUUAACAGCUUAUAUCCAGAAAUAUGGUAUCUGGAACUGGUCUAAGAUGCCUCCAUAUGCUGGUCUUUUGAGAUCUGGGAAAAGUUGCAGGUUAAGAUGGAUGAAUUAUUUGAAGCCGAACAUCAAACGAGGGAACUUCACGGUGGAAGAGGAAAAAAUGAUACUUCAUUACCAUUCGAUUCUUGGAAACAAAUGGUCAGCGAUAGCAACAAAGUUACCUGGAAGAACAGACAAUGAGAUCAAAAACCAUUGGCACACCCGUAUCAAGAAACAAGUCUGUCACAAGAAACAAGUUCGUCACAAGAAACAAGAGAUUGAAGUUCAACUGCCAGAAACAAAACCCGUAGAUUUGGUGACAUCAAAUCAUUACACCGAAAGUUCAGUGGAGUCUCUUGAUCACUUCCUCUCGAGUAUGUCAGAUGACCAUAGCACAUCAUCGUACAUCUUUGAUACAAGUUCUAGAUUUGAAUCUAGGGUCGAGUUUCAAACUGGUUAUAAUAUGAGUUCUCCUGGAACAAUUGAAGACGUUGAAGGCUUUUGGCAACAACUUUGCUGUAAUAAUGGGGACUUCGACUUCGACCUCCAAAGUCUUCUCGAGGAUACAUGUUCUAAUGAGUCCAUUGGUUGCUAUAGUUUGCACGAUGUUUAAGUUGUGUAAUGAUUAGUUAGGUUUGUUCGAAUUAUUGAAUUUUCGUUAGAGUAAUUUAAAUGGUUUGAUUGUUGGGUC